CACUCUUGUGGCUGAUCACUCUCUUGGCAAUGCCAAAGUACUCCUCUGCAGUUGCUGACCUGAAGGAUUGCGAGGCGGCAGGCAGCAAGUGCCAUCAACAGGCGGAGUGUCUAAAAGUCCAAAACAACUUCACCUGCGUGUGUGCAAUGGGCUACCAGGGUGAUGGUCUUCUGUGCGGGGACAUUGACGAAUGCCUCGGCGGCCUGCACAGUUGUCAUCCGAAGGCCCGCUGCAACAACACCCUUGGCAGCUACAAUUGUUUUUGCCUGAGUGGAUUCACCGGAGAUGGGACUAACUGCCAGGAUAUUGACGAGUGUCAGAAAGAAAACGGCGGCUGUCACGCCAACGCAUUCUGCAGCAACUUUGAGGGUGGACGCCAGUGCCGAUGUAAAGUCGGUUUUGAGGGAAACGGCUUCAAGUGCACCGAUAAAAAUGAAUGCACGAACCCGAAUAUUUGCCAUUGGAAUGCAACCUGCACCAAUAACCCCGGAUCUUACGUUUGCACCUGUAAUCGAGGCUAUAAGGGCAACGGGAACUACCUGUGUCUCGAUAUCGAUGAAUGUUCAGAGACUCCGCAGGUGUGCCCAUCCUUGUUUGGUUACAAGGGCUGUAAAAAUCUACCUGGUACUUAUCGCUGCACGUGUAGCAACGGCUUUGAAAGUAAUGGCCGGAGCUGUGUGGACAUUGAUGAAUGUGCAGGCAACAUCUGUAGUCUCUAUGCAGACUGUUUGAACACAAUUGGGUCGUACCGAUGUAACUGCAACAGCGGUUUUGUCGGAAAUGGCCUGACGUGUGUUGAUAUCAAUGAAUGCAAUGAGGACAAUGACUGUGAUCUCAAUUCUGUUUGUAUUAACAGGCUUGGCAGUUAUGAGUGCUCCUGUCUGGAGGGCUUUGAAGGAGAUGGUAGAUUGUGUGAGGACGUUAAUGAGUGUGUAACACCAAGCAUCUGCCCUCCUACAACUACCUGUGUCAACACCAAUGGGUCACAUUUCUGCGACUGCGGUCGCGGUUUCAUCUUUGUGAAUUCUGAAUGUCGUGACCUGGAUGAAUGUGCAGCAGGCCCUUGCAGCCCCUACUCUGUCUGCACUAAUUCACCCGGUUCCUUCACAUGCCAGUGCGCGGGAGGUUACAGGGGAGACGGCCUCACGUGUGUGGAUGUGGAUGAAUGUUCCAUUUCUACUCAAUGCCACGUCAACGCACUUUGCACUAACCUGCCCGGCAUCUAUAAUUGCACCUGUCAGGUGGGUUACUCUGGAGACGGCGUGAUCCAGUGCAGUGAUGUGAACGAGUGUCUGGUGGAUAACGGAGGCUGUAGAAAUCAGGCUACAUGUGUGAACAACCUUGGCUCUUUCGCUUGCCUGUGCCAAAGGGGAUUCAUCUUGUUGAACCAGACUCUCUGCCAGGAUGUAAAUGAGUGUGCGACACAGGAAAAUCCGUGUGGUGUCAAUGAAGAAUGCAGGAACGUUGAUGGUUCGUACGAAUGCCCUUGCCAGACUGGAUAUUACCGCCCUGCCGCCACAAUGGACUGUGUCGAUAUCGACGAGUGUAAAGAGAAUCCUUGCCAUGUUAAUGCCACGUGCCUCAACACAGUCGGCUCCCACACCUGCACCUGUAAGCGAGGCUUUGCGGUCAACGGCACACAGUGUGAUGACAUCGACGAGUGCUCUGUGAUGGACGCAUGCCAUCCACGGGCACUAUGCAUCAACUUUAUCGGGGACUUCUUCUGCUCCUGCCAGCAGGGGUUCGACGGUAAUGGCUUCUCCUGCCAGGACGUGGACGAGUGCCUCCUCCCGGAUGCCAUUUGUCCAGAUUUCUCAAAAUGCGUCAACUCCCCCGGAGCACACGUUUGCUCAUGUUUGAAUGGUACAGUCGCCCUGAAUGACACUUGCGUGCCACCAAGUCCGCAAGGCUACAUUAUGAACGGAACUCAGUGUGCUGAUUCCCCUAGAGUUUUCAUAUGUAUCUAA